AUGAACUCAAGUCGAGGGACUCAAAGUCCUAUUAAUAUAUCCCGAAGCUCAGUUGCUGAGUCUAUAAACAGCUCACGAUCGUUAAUUAAUAGCUUAAUAUCUCAAUCUCCUCCACAUUCAAGAACUCAUCAGUCUAAUUCUUCGCAUAUUUUCACAAUCCCUUACACCUUAACUAAAACUUUUACCUCAAAUUCCCUUAGCCCAUCAGUAUUAAACGUCAAUCCAAACAAUGAUGAUUUGCCUAGCAUUAAAGAAGAGCAAUCUAUAAUUGCUGAUCAAUUUCAACGCCCUCAUCAUUCUAAGAGGAAUAAUCAGUUACCUCAGCUCAAUUCUGUCAGAAGUAUGCCAAAUUUUCAUACAGAAAGAUAUGAAGAUAUUACUAUCCCUAUGAGAAUUCUAUAUGGAAUUGUAGAAAUUUAUGGGGUUGGGUUUAGUUUGUCAAGUAAAACUGGAUAUGGAAACCCAUUGGGGGUUGGAAUUUUUAUUACAAAAAAUUUGAUUUUAACUGCAAAUUCAGCAAUCCCUGAUGAAAUUUCAGCAUCAAGGUGCUUUUAUCUGCUCACCAUGAAUAAACAGGAAAAAUGCCUAUUUGAUAGCAGGUCUUUUUUUUAUACAAAUAGAGGGCUUGAUUUUACAAUAAUCGGGGUUGCGAAUAACCGAAUAGAAAAUUCUGUCAUAGAAAUAAGGGAUAAUUUCAGCUUAAAAGACGCUGAUAAUAUUAUUUAUUGAAAUGCUGGAGUAGUUACAAAAUUAGUUACAGGGAUUGAUGACUCUAUUUUUAGCUAUAUGGCAGGCGGCUAUGUCGCACCUGGUAUGCCGAUUUUUGAUUUAAACUGAAAACUGCAAGGAAUUCAUCAUGCUUCUAUAGCAGCUUAUAGAUUUAAUCAGGGAACAAGAAUUGAUAUGAUAAUUAAGACACUUUGUAGUGUUAAAAAUAUCUCCAGCAAUUUUGAGCUAAAUAAGCUACUUAUUGAAUACUCAAAGAAAUUCCAUAUGAAUUUGAAUAGAAAUAAGGGAAUUUUCGAUGAAGGAAAAUAUAUGUAUUAUUUUAAAGGUGGAAAUAGAAAUAUAUAUCGAUAUGAAAUUCCGACCCAAAAAUGAUCCCAAGUCAAAGUAUCAAACCUCGAGCAGUUUUUGACACAGGAAACUCUUAAUUGGAAAUUUAAUUUGAACAGCAGAUUGGUAUAUAUUCCUGAUGGCAGCAUUAUAGUAAUUGGUGGAAUUGGCUCUGAUGUAAAUUCUUCAAAAGCUGAUGUAUACCAUUUUAACACAGAUAAUAAUGAACUUUAUAGAAGAUCAUCAAUGCUUGAACGAAGAGAAGGCCCAGCUGUUAUUUAUAGACAGAGAUAUGUAUAUGUUGUAGGCGGAAAAUAUAGUUACAAUACAUGUGAAAAAUUCUCACUUGAUAAUGAUUCGUGAAGUUAUAUAGCACCUAUGAUAUAUGGACGAUUUGAGCCCACAGCAAUAUUUUUUAUUUUUUAUUAAAUUUAUUUUUUACUUUCAACAAUUAUUAAAAGUAAAAUAAUCUACAGCAAUAAUUGUAGAUUCAGAAAAAUAUUUAUACGUUCUUGGAGGCUAUCCUUUAGAAUCUUCAGGAAAAAGCGUUGAAAGAUACUAUUUCGUCGAAGAUCGUUGAGAGAAGCUAAAUAUUGCAUUACCUUCUCCUUUAAUCCAUGUUGCCUUAUUUCCAGUUUCCCUUACAAAAUUUGCAAUUCUUGGAGGAUUAAAUUCCAGAUCAGUCAGAAUUUUUGAAAUAAUUAAGCCACAUUUAGAAUAUGAAGGAUCUAGUAGUCAGGAUGAAAUUUUUAAAGUUUAUGACACAGAUAGACUCCCAAGCGAUAUUGAAACUACAUUUCCGAUGGUUUUUUAUAAAGCAGAAAACAAAGUUUAUUUCAUAAAAUCGACAAAUGAAGAGUCUCCUGAAAUUUUUAGCUAUAAUUAUAAUAUCUUUUUAACUGGACCAGUUAAUAAACCACUUGAACAUAGAAGAAGAACGGUUUUCCCGACUAUGAGAAAGGCUACACAAUUCGCUGUGAAAAUGAAAUAA